GCCCCGACCCCUCACACCUCCCCUCACUCGGAGCGACAACGCAGAGCGCAACAGGCGAGCGGACCUUCGGCUUCCGACGGCAUCACCGAAACGCUCCCCACCCUUUUCCUCUCCUUUUCUGACUUUGCGUGGAAGUAACACGAUCGAAAGCGCGCAGCGCGUUGGCGGCGGAGCGCGCGGAGUCCCGAACGGUCUCCACUCAGACGCAUCCGGGCUUCCGGGCCGAGGACGGAGCGCGACGCGCGUAGGCGCAAGUGGGAGCCGGGAUGGAGGCCCUGGUCGCGGCGCUCAAGAGGCACCCGGGACCCUCGGUGGUGCUCUUCGCCGUCCUCUUCAGGGUGGUCCACGGGCUUCUGGGGAAGGUGACCCCGCCCAAGGUGGUGGCCAGUGACGAGUUCCAAGCCUGGAAGUGGAAGAACCUCUCCUUGUCCAUGGUGCACUCCACCCUCACCGGGACGUGGGCUGUCUCCAGUGUGUUGCUGUGGCCCGAGACGCUGAGCGACCUCCACUUUUACCACACGCCGCUGUCCUACCUGCUUGUGUGCAUUUCCACCGGAUACUUUGUUCACGACACGGCUGAUAUCAUCGGGACGGGAAACGGAAGACGAUCCUGGGAAUUCCUCAUCCACCAUGCGCUUGUACUCUCGUGCUUCCUGUACACGCUCUACACGCAGCUGUACGUGGCCGGCGCGGUGAUGGUCCUGUUGGUGGAGGUGAACAGCGUGACGCUUCACCUGCGGCUGCUUCUCAAGAUGGUGGGCGCCACCUCGUCGGCCGCCUACCGCCUCAACAAGGUGCUGAACGUUUGCACCUUCGUGGCCGUGCGCCUGGCCACGCAGUUCUACAUCACCUGGUACAUCAGCGCAAACUACUCGAAGCUGGACCACGCCGCCUUCUUCAUGGCCUGCGUGAUGGCCAUGAACGUCAUCAUGCUGGUCUACUUGUACCGCCUCAUCCGCUCCGACUUCUUGCCGCGUGCCGGCGGCCCGCACGCGGACCGCAACGGGACGCACAACUCCAAGAAGUUUGUCACCGAUUGAGAGGCGAGGAAGCGCCUCGUCGUCGCGGGUUUCGGGCUUUGUUUUGCUCGACCGGACACCGCGCCCCUCAAAGAAGAAACCGUCGGAGACGCGCGGUGGAAAGUCCGGAUUCGCCCGUUCAUCGUUUCUCCUGACUAUGCUUCAAUUUAUCGAUACUUUUAUGUCCUUUGGAUAACACAUGAAGCCUCAAAGAUGACCUUUCAUCAUUUUGGGUUUUUUUUUUUCUCUAUUGAGGACCGUGGCAGCACAGUAGGGUAGGGGUUAACAACACGUCUGCCAUGCAGUCAAGGGGUUCUGGGUUUGAAUCUGUGCAUCAUUAGCAGAAUAGCACAGUUGCCUAUCAGUCAUAUUUGAACUUUUCGGGAGGGGUGGGGGAGAAAAAAAAAACAUCUUGCCUCCCAUGACACUCUGAGGAUUACCAGGAUCUGGAUGGCAAGUGAUUUUUUUUUUUUUUUGCAUGCACUUUUUUUUUCAAAGCAGGUUGAAGGAGGAGUUCACGGGUCUGGCCCGCAAGCUAAAUGUUUUGGGUUUGAAUUCCCGUUGAGCCUCAAGUGCAAACUAUGAUGUGCACGAAAGGCAUUAAGUGUAUUUUCCCCUAUGAAGGCAGCACUUCAGCACUAACCCACCCAAAACCCACUUGUCUAUUUAGUGUCAGGAAUCAGUGAGCGGCGGACCCAAUGUCAAACAAACGUCCACACGUGCACAUUCAAGUUUAAGCGCAUUUCACACGGUCAAAUCGUUCCAUAACUCAAACGGUAGCCAAAUAUUCACUUUUGUAUCAUUUUAGAUCAUUUCAGGUAAGAUAAUGAGCGUGAAGUCCAGAAAUGAGGAAGUAACAACAGCUGAUCUGUUCUGCAAUGCCAUGAUGCCCUCAGUGCCUUUUGAAAACAACUAAUAUGCAUCGUUUUUGUCCGAAAAAGAAAAAAAAAAGGACAUUUUAAUCUUUAAUCCUCCAACACUUGACUGUGACACUAUCGUGUGUUUUUAUGAAGUGGCGACAGGUACGUGUUUUGAGUCUACGAGUGAGAUUGCACAUUAAACGUGUUUUAAAAGUC